ACUAUUCUCCCAUAUGCACCUUACCUUGAGCAGUUUCUCUCUCUCACAACUUUCAUUUAUACAAAACAGCAUCAUUCUCCUUUCUGCUAACACUUUAACUAGCUUUUCUUCAUGGCUCUCUUUCUCUUUGCUAUUUUAAUCUUGAUGGCCCCUUCAAGCAAUGCCUAUUGGCCACCUUCACCUGGCUACUGGCCAAGUUCCAAAUUCAGCUCUAUGAGUUUUUACAAAGGGUUUCGAAAUCUCUGGGGCCCUCAGCACCAAAGUCUAGACCAAAAUGCAUUAACAAUCUGGCUUGAUAGAACCUCAGGAAGUGGCUUCAAGUCGGUAAGGCCAUUUCGAUCCGGUUACUUUGGGGCUUCCAUUAAGGUCCAACCUGGCUAUACUGCAGGAGUUAUCACAGCUUUCUAUCUCUCAAACAAUGAAGCACAUCCUGGUUUCCAUGAUGAAGUGGACAUCGAGUUUCUUGGGACAACAUUUGGAAAGCCUUACACUUUGCAGACGAAUGUUUAUAUAAGAGGAAGUGGAGAUGGGAGAAUUAUAGGCAGAGAGAUGAAGUUCCAUCUCUGGUUUGAUCCUACCAAAGAUUUUCAUCACUAUGCUAUUCUGUGGAGUCCCAAGGAAAUAAUAUUCCUAGUGGAUGAUGUGCCAAUAAGAAGGUACCCGAGGAAGAGUGGUGCAACGUUUCCUCUGAGACCAAUGUGGCUAUAUGGUUCAAUAUGGGAUGCUUCAUCAUGGGCAACUGAAGAUGGAAAGUACAAAGCUGAUUACAAAUACCAACCCUUUGUGGCAAAGUAUUCGAACUUCAAAGCCAGUGGUUGCUCAGCCUAUGCACCACGGUGGUGCCACCCAGUUUCAGCCUCACCAUAUAGGUCUGGUGGGUUGACAAGACAACAAAACAGAGCCAUGAGAUGGGUGCAGAGAUACCUGAUGGUUUAUAACUACUGUCAAGACCCCAAGAGAGAUCACAGUCUAACACCUGAGUGUUGGGGUUGAACUUUGAAGUGUUCAAGUUUUCAAGCAUUUGGGAGUGAAAAAAAUGUUACCUUUUUUUGGUCGCGAAAACUAAAACACUGUUGUCUUGUGAUUUGUUUUGUUUUUUUGUUUGAGAAAGUUUCAUUUACUUUAUGUGGGUCAGUUGUGAUGGGGCCCCUAUCUUGGCAGCUGCAUAAUGCAAGUGUACGGGGUUGUGCAUCCAAGGCUCUCAAGACACCAGAAUAUUUGGAAGAUUGUGUGUUUUUUUUUCUUUCUUUUAGACAGAGGAAAAGGAAAAGAAAAAGAAAGAGAGGGAAAAGGAAUAAUAUGAAUGUCUAUGUCCAAUGAAAUGAAAAAUGGGUCGGUGAAUGUGUCUCCAUUGAGUGCGAAUACUAAAAAACCACACACUUUAUUUAUUUAAUAAUGUUAUUGUCA